AUGCGUGAAUUACACAAUCCGGAUUCAAAUAUUAGAGACACUAAUAGUUCAGAUGUGCUACCGACUACAAAGUUAACUAAAACAUAUCAGAUGCCUCUACCCGCAGAAGUACCGUAUGAACGGAAAAAGCCUUCCAUAACGGAACUUCCACUCCCUCCUGGUUUUGACAGUACCAAUCUGGAGACUAUUUUCCCAGAAAGGUCACCCAAACGUCCCGUCACUGUGUCAUCGGUGAAACCACUUGGGAGGCAAAGAAUAACAAGACGUCCUAAGAUUUGCGCGCUUCGUAGUAAAAGUCGCAAUAAUAAAACAUGGGGUGAACGCUCUGUGACGGCUUUUGAUACUUUGAUCCAAGUUGGCGAAGGCACAUAUGGUCACGUCUAUAAAGCAAAAGAUAAAAUCACUGGUGAGUACAAAGCCCUAAAAAAAGUAAGGUUAGAGAAUGAAAGGGAAGGAUUUCCUAUAACUGCUGUCCGGGAAAUAAAAAUACUCCGUCAACUUAGACAUCCUAAUAUUGUCAAUUUAUGUGAAAUCGUUACAGAUAAAGAUGAUCCUACUGACUUUAAAAAGGAUAAAGGUGCCUUCUUCUUAGUUUUUGAUUAUAUGGACCAUGAUCUGUACGGUAUCUUGGAAUCUGGGUUGGUGACUUUUAGUGAACAGCAUAUUGCUUCCUUAAUGAAGCAACUUUUGGAUGGUCUCAGCUUUUGUCACGAUAGACACUUCCUCCACCGUGACAUCAAAUGUUCCAAUAUACUUAUUAAUAACAGAGGGCAACUAAAGCUUGCAGAUUUUGGUUUGGCACGUCUGUAUAUCGCUGGCGAUAAGGAACGACCGUACACCAAUAAAGUUAUUACUUUGUGGUAUCGACCUCCAGAGUUGCUUCUUGGUGAAGAACGAUAUGGCCCAGCAGUCGAUAUAUGGUCUUGCGGUUGUAUUUUGGGAGAGAUGUUUACUCGUCGACCAAUGUUUCAAGCCAAUGAGGAAGUUGAACAACUAGAAGUUAUAUCCCGAAUCUGUGGAUUCCCGGACCCAGCUAUAUGGCCUAACGUUGAAAAAUUGCCGUUUUAUUCGACAAUGAAACCGAAAAGGAUGUAUAGACGCCGACUUCGUGAAGAAUAUCAUAUCAUUCCAUCACAAGCUGUUGACCUCCUCGACCACAUGUUACAAUUAGAUCCCCAGCGAAGAUGUAGCGCACGCGAAGCCUUGGCCUCACCAUGGUUACGGAAUGUUGAUCCGACUAGAAUCACACCACCAAGAUUACCUAUUGACCAAGAUUGUCAUGAAAUGUGGAGUAAGAAAAGAAGACGCAUAUUGCGUCAGGAACAAGAGUUAAAAGCUCAGAGAGUUGGAUCAGAGACAGUUGUUACAAAGUUUCCAGCCGUCACAUCUCGUGGCGUCAUGCCAGAUGCAAAGUUGAUUCCUCGUCCAUCAAAUGGACCAUCUCAAAGUCCUACACAUUCUGUAACUAGUAGAUCUGAACCAUUUAAACAGUGCAUUCCGACACAACUCACUGGAGAUGGAAUUUUAGGUGGUUUCAGUGUCACUCUACAAAACUGUCCUCAAGUUUCUAAUAAUUUCUCAGAUCCUACCAAUAGUCUAAAAAAUCAACUACGAGUUCUUUUAUCAGACUUUGAAGACUCUGAACUAUUGGGUCCCAGUGAUCCAAGUGAAAAUGCUUCAGCUGUCCUUGCGUAUAUUUUAUCAUUGUUAACAGAUUUAAGCAAUCAGAGUUCUACUGCUAUGGAAAUGAGUGAUGCUAGUAUCCAGACAGCAUCCUCACAAAUCCAUCCUCCCCAACAUUUGUCUCGUGAUUCAAAUGAUCGACUCACGUAA